UUCAAAUAACCUGUUUAGAUUCCCUUUCCGUUGGUUGGUACUGUCCAAGGUAGGGUUAAUGGAUCAUAGAAACGCUACCUUGUGGAAGUGCCCAGUGUUGAUAAGCAGUGACUUGGUACUAGCAGAGAAUAAUGAAAAAGAAUUCGUUUUGACCGAGUUAUACAGGGCGUCACCGGACGGUCCAAUGUUGUCCUUCCCAAGAGGAAAAUACAACGGGGCCUUCUUAGACUCCAGACCCCACCGAGAGCUGUUCCGAAGAAGACGGGACCUGAUGGGCCACGCGCUGGUCAUGGCCAACGUGAUACAAGACAGCAACUCGACCAAGGAACACUUGCUGAAGGAGGAUAGACUGGAGCUCCAGAACGACGCUGCAGUCAAGAUCUGCUGGAUCGCUGCGAGGCACGCCUUCGAGAUGCUGAACGCGACCCGCCGACAUAUCUUCAGCUACCGCUGGGGCUACAAAGUGGACGGCGAGUGGUCCGGCAUGAUCCAGGACAUCAAGUCAAAUAGGGCUGAUUUAGCUACCAACUGCGUGCUAUAUUCCGAACGCCUAGACGUGGUGACUUUCACGGACAUGGUAGCACCACUCCGCAUGAGGUUCGUGUUUCGCCAGCCACCUCUCGCCUACGUGUCUAAUAUCUUCUCUUUGCCUUUCUCGUCCAACGUGUGGGUGGCCAUCGCUGUGUGCACAGCAGCUUCUACCCUCACUUUGUGCUUGACAAGCCAUUGGGAGACCAAGGUGGAAAAGAAUCCAACACAGCUAGACGGUAGUAUAAGUGAUGCUUUACUCUUGACCCUGAGUGCCGUCGCUCAGCAGGGAUGCUUUGUGGAACCUAAGAGAGCUCCAGGUCGUAUUCUGGAAUGGUUCUUGUUCACGGCGCUCAUGGCUCUGUACGCGGCAUACUCAGCCAACAUCGUGGUGCUGCUGCAAGCGCCUUCCAACUCCAUCAAGAGCCUGUCACAGCUGGCUGCCUCCAAGAUCACCCUGGCUGCGAAUGACGUGGACUACAGCCGCUUUGUGCUGAGCCCAUACAAGGAUCCAACACAUGUACACAUUUAUCGAAGAAUCAUGCCUGAAGGUGAAAAGCCUAAUUUUUAUCACAUUCAUGAGGGCGUCGAGAAAAUCCGACAGGGGCUGUUCGCGUAUCACUCCAUCGUUGAGCCAGUGUACCGUCGUAUAGAAGAAACAUUUCUGGAGCAGGAGAAAUGCGAUCUAACUGAAGUAGAUUUUGUCAACGGUUUCGACGCUUUCACACCUGUAAAGAAAGAUUCCCCGUACUUGGAAAUGUUGAGAGUUGUGUAA